GAACUGGUGGGCAGACCCGGAGUCGCCGCGUAAGCGGGGCCGGCUCAGUGCGGUGCGGCAGGCGCGGCUGUGCGGCAGCGGAAGUCCUUUGUUGCAGCACAGUCCCUGGCAGAGCCAGAGUCUCUCCGCGCAGCCCAGCCCGAGCUCAGCGCGCCGCCGCCACUGCAGCUCGCGGCCCCUUCGCCUCCGCCCGCCUUUCCCGCGGCUGAUUUGCCUUAAACUCCCUAAAAUCUCCGCAGCCCGGGUUCCUGCUGCGGCGGCCUAUAAGAGACUGAAAUGGUGAACAGAAGGAGGUCAGCAUACCUUUUAGAAGUAACAGCUGUUGGCUUGACAAGGGGACAGAAAAAUACCAGCAAACCAACCAACAAACCACCAUCUCCAAAAGCAGGUGUCUCUAAUUAAUAGAAGAUGGCAAAACCCAGCCACAGCAGCUACGUCCUUCAGCAGCUAAACAACCAAAGAGAAUGGGGUUUUCUCUGUGACUGUUGUAUUGCAAUUGAUGACAUUUACUUUCAAGCCCACAAAGCCGUUCUAGCUGCCUGCAGCUCCUAUUUUAGAAUGUUUUUCAUGAACCAUCAACAUAGUACUGCACAACUGAAUCUCAGCAAUAUGAAAAUUAGUGCUGAGUGUUUUGAUCUCAUUUUGCAAUUUAUGUAUUUAGGAAAAAUUAUGACAGCUCCCUCCAGUUUUGAGCAGUUUAAAGUGGCAAUGAACUACCUACAGCUGUACAAUGUUCCUGACUGCUUAGAAGAUAUACAGGAUGCAGAUUGUUCUAGUUCAAAAUGUUCAUCUUCUGCUUCCAGCAAACAGAACAGCAAAAUGAUAUUUGGAGUAAGAAUGUAUGAAGACACUGUGGCUAGAAAUGGAAGUGAAGCCAAUAGGUGGUGUGCAGAGCCAAGUUCAACAGUAAAUACACCACAUAAUAGAGAGCCUGAUGAAGAAUCUUUACAAUUAGGUAAUUUUCCUGAACCACUAUUUGAUGUAUGUAAAAAAAGUUCUGUGUCCAAAUUAUCUGCUCCAAAAGAACGUGUAUCGCGACGCUUUGGACGGAGUUUUACCUGUGACAGCUGUGGAUUUGGCUUUAGUUGUGAAAAAUUAUUAGAUGAGCAUGUGUUGACCUGUACUAACAGACAUUCAUACCAAAAUACAAGAUCUUACCACCGAAUAGUAGAUAUUAGAGAUGAAAAAGACAGUAACAUCAAAGCUGAAUUUGGUGAAAAGGAUUCUUCUAAAACAUUUUCUGCACAGACCGACAAAUACAGAGGAGACACAAGCCAGGCUCCUGAUGAUUCAGCUUCAACCACUGGAAACAGGAAAAGUAGCACAGUGGAGUCUGAAAUAGCCACUGAAGAAAAAAGCAGAGCUGCUGAGAGGAAAAGAAUCAUUAUCAAGAUGGAGCCAGAAGAUAUUCCUGCAGAUGAGCUGAAAGAUUUUAACAUUAUUAAAGUUAAUGAUAAAGACUGUAACGAAUCCACUGACAACGAUGAAUUGGAAGAUGAACCCGAAGAGCCGUUUUAUAGAUACUAUGUUGAAGAAGACGUCAGCAUUAAAAAAAGUGGUAGGAAAACUCUAAAACCUCGGAUGUCAAUAAAUGCUGAUGAAAGAGUUGGUUUAGAAAAUAUGAGACCCCCUAACAACAGCAGUCCAGUUCGAGAGGAUACUGAAAAUGCAUCUUGUGAGCUAUGUGGACUCACAAUAACCGAAGAGGACCUGUCAUCUCAUUACCUAGCCAAACACAUUGAAAAUAUCUGUGCAUGUGGUAAAUGUGGACAAAUACUUGUCAAGGGUAGACAACUUCAGGAACAUGCCCAAAGAUGUGGAGAACCCCAAGAUCUGACAAUGAAUGGGUUAGGAAAUACUGAGGAGAAAAUGGACAUGGAAGAAAAUCCUGAUGAGCAGUCUGAAAUAAGAGAUAUGUUUGUUGAAAUGUUGGAUGAUUUUAGGGACAGUCAUUACCAGUUAAACAGUAUCCAAAAAAAGCAGUUAUUUAAGCAUUCUGCCUGUCCUUUUCGAUGUCCUAACUGUGGCCAGCGUUUUGAAACUGAAAAUCUAGUGGUUGAACAUAUGUCUAGCUGCCUAGACCAAGAUAUGUUUAAGAGUGCCAUCAUGGAAGAAAAUGAAAGAGAUCACAGGCGAAAGCAUUUCUGUAAUCUGUGUGGAAAAGGAUUUUAUCAGCGGUGUCAUUUAAGAGAACACUAUACUGUUCAUACUAAGGAAAAACAGUUUGUUUGUCAGACAUGUGGAAAGCAGUUUUUAAGAGAACGUCAGUUGCGUCUGCACAAUGAUAUGCACAAAGGCAUGGCCAGGUAUGUCUGUUCCAUUUGUGAUCAAGGAAACUUCAGAAAACAUGACCAUGUACGGCAUAUGAUUUCUCAUUUAUCUGCUGGUGAGACUAUAUGCCAGGUCUGCUUUCAGAUAUUCCCAAAUAAUGAACAAUUGGAGCAGCACAUGGAUGUUCAUCUGUAUACAUGUGGAAUAUGUGGAGCAAAAUUUAAUUUGAGGAAAGAUAUGAGAUCACAUUAUAAUGCCAAGCAUUUGAAAAGAACCUAAGUGAUUUUUCUACUGUACUAAUGUCUAGUUGAUAGCAGACAAAACACCAAAGCAAAAAGGAUAUGAGCUAUUUAGAAAUUGAUUUUAUAAGAUGAAUUGUUUUUAAAAAUAUUCAAGUCCCUUUUAUCUUUAAUAUUUUUGUUUAGGAUAUUAAGUUUCUACAUUUUAGGCGUUAAAAUGUUUUUAUCAUUUUUUGUUGUUUCUAAUAGCAUUCUUUGUUUCUAGUUUUCUUAGCUUGGAUUAAAAUUACUUUUACAUGUAGACGAUAAGUGGCUGUUACCCCUUCAAUGACUAUUAAACUUUAGUUUUUUUUAUCAAUAAGGUGAUGACUUCACUAUUUUUAUGUGUUUUUUUUUUUUAAGGUUAUCAUGUGAAAUUUAAAACCCAAUAUGAUUGGCCAUUCCUGUUUAAAUUUUAAAAAGUAUUUAUUUGAAACUGCCCUAUUUCAUUGUUAGCAUUUUUUUCUUUUUCUUUUUUCUUUUCCCAGUUGAACAGUGGGUUAGCUACUGUUUAUUCUCCCUUAUUAUCAAUGAAAUUCAUAUUCUUAAAUUGACAAGCUUAUUAGGCAAGUUAGGUGCACUGAAUCUAACCUUUAAGGUUGACAUGGGCUCAAACUUGGCCUAAAAAGAUUGAUGGACCUGAGGAAAUUCCUAUAAAUGAACAUUUCCUAUAACUGAUAAAAUAUUAUCAUUUAAUAAUCACAUUAAAAACUUAUAUUAAGUGUAAAUCCCAAUGGCUUUCCCUCACUUGAGAAACUUGUGGGGAUAAGCCAUUUUGUUUUAUGAUAUUAAAUUUAACUAUGAUAGUUAAUUAAAAAGACAUCUUGUAUUCAUUAAAAAUAUUUUUAAUUUAAAAUAUUCUUGAUUUUCUAAAGUGUGUUAGUUUACCAAUUAUUUUUGUUUAUAAAUAGACUUUAAUAGUGCUCUAGAAGUAUGACAUCUAAAGGAAAAUAUGAUUUAAAAUUACAUACUUUUGGAACUUUGAGAUUCGAGAAAGUUGCCAUGUAUAUUGAUAAAUCUAAUAAAAUAAAUCAAUUAUAAAUCUGGUUGUUCUAUAAAAGUAGAGUGCACAAAAAAUGUGUUGUGUUUUAUACUAAGAUUUGGAGAAAAUGUGUCGUGGCAAAUUGCAGUUUAUCACCAUGCUUUAUUAUUAUUUUCUGUAAAGGAUACAAAAUUUGAGGAUUAUAAAAUAAUCAGCAUAUAAAUGGAAAUAGUUUAUCAUUUUCAAUUAAAGUAGUUUGUUAGUUGUUAUUGACAGAGGGUCUACAUCAUUUACAUGUGAAUUAAAACACUGGCAAACCUGACCCACCAAUAAACACAUCUACUGAAUAGAAUGCCUAUUAAUGUGAAUUACUUGUAACAUAAUACCCUUCUUAUAAUUAAAAGGAUUUUAGUUAACUCUCCUAUAUUUAAAAUAUAAUUUUGUGAUUAUGAGCAAUAGUUUAAUGGCAUUGCUUUUUGUUCACAUCAGAUUUUUAAAUAAGUAAUUUUUAUACAGUUUACAUAAAAGAACAAGUUGCCAAGAGAAUUGAGAGACAUAUUGGCUAGUAAAGAUUUAGUUGAAAGUAUUAGAGCAGAGUGAGUACAGAGACUUAGAGGGAUAUGUUCAAAUUGUUGAGGUUAGGAAUAGCACAGGAGCCAGGGCAGAAUUAAUGUGAAGUAGAGAAGCACAAGAAGAUAAAACAAGAAAUCAAGAAUUUUUUUUUUUUUUAAAGCCACACAGUUAACAGAGAAUGCAGGAAAAAUGAGUUCCCCUUAGUCUUAGAUUUAGUUGUUUAUCAAAUACUUAAAUUGGAAAUGCAAUUUAAAAUGAAAUAUAAGAUGCAUAUAUAUAUUACUGUUAGGAACUUGAUAACCAAAAGCUCUCAGAAAGUAGUGUAAAGAGAUAAGAUAAACCAAAUUUCCUAACUACAUGAUAUCUUAGUGGACAUGAUCUUCAGGGUCACUUUUUGCUACCCUCAUCAAAAUUUUUGUUGCAGCGGCUUUCCCCACUAUUGGGGUGGGGGGUGGGGAGGGCUUUUUUCUAAAUACUACCUCUUUGAAGAAAGGAUUAUUUAUUCCAUUGGGGAGGGGUUGUGUGAUUUUGUACUUUGCCAUGUGCUAACAGCCAACAAUUAGCAACCAAAUAUAUAAACAUUAUCUUAGUUUUACAUGACACAGAUGUUUAUAGUUUCACAAAGUCACACCUCAUGAUGUAUUUCUUCUUGUUUCAUAUGUCACAGGACACACUUGUUUUGGAAUUAGCUACAGGGUAGUACAGGCUUCUCCAAGUGGAAAGUAUAAUUUUCCUUAUCAAACAGUUCAUUCAAAAGCUAUGUGGCUUUUAAAAUUAAGGGAAGCUCAGCACAGUGACACAUGCCUGUAGUCCUAGUGACUUGGGAGGCUGAGGCAAGAGAAUGCAAAUUUGAGGCCAACCUCGGCAGUUUAGCAACUUAGUGAGACCCUGUCUCAAAAUAAAUAAAAAGCACUGGGGAUGUAGUUUGGUAGAGCACCCCUGGGUUCAAUCCCAUAUCAAAAUAAAACAAAAUUAGGGGAAAUGAAAAAUGCCCAACACCUUAGCCAGACUCAACUUCCUUUCACCUCCAUCCUCUGUUAGCAUGGAGCCUCUUAAAGAGCUCUAACUCCUUUGCUAUUGCUUCUUGCUCUCCUGUGCUGUGAAGAGAAUGAAGACUGGAAGUUGUCUGCUGUUCAUAUAACACACGUCUUUAGGCUCCAAAUUUUAAAAAAAGGAAAAUCUAGAUAGAUGGAGUAGGAUCUUGUUCCCGUUUCAUCCUGACACCAUUUUGUUUGAAAAGACCUUUUGUUCUUGCCACUACCAAUUCUUGGAUUCCUUUUUUUCUUCCAUACUGGGAUUAAACCCAGGGGCACUUUACCACUGAGCUAUAUACCCACCCUUUGUAAUUAUUUUGAAGCAGGGUCUCACCAAGUUGCCCAGGCAGACUUUGAACUUGUCAUCCUACUGCCUCAGCCUCCUGAGUAGCUGGGAUAACAGACAUGCAUCACUGUGCCUGGCUAGUUUUUUGGAUUUCUUUAUGUAUAAUGAGCAAUCCCAGACUAAAUUUUUUAUCUUGUGGCGCUAGUGAUCAAACCCAGUGCCUUGCGAGACAUGUUAGGCAAGUGCUCUAACACUAAGCUACAUCCUCAGGCCUAUUUUUUCUAAAAAGCAAGAAAUCCUGGCGGAAUAGUCAGCUUUUAACAAACUUGCCACUAAUUACAGUGCAAUUUGGAUGUUCUAUAACUUUUUAGUAAAUAAGACCCUCACACCCAGAGAUUAAUAAAACAUAGCCAAGGCCAUAGUAGAUUAGGAUUCAGAAGUUUGUCUUAAUUUCCCAUAUUAUUAAAGUAAAAAUAUUCAGAGAAAUGAGCCAUAUGAGUAAACUGGUAUUUGGCAAAUGUUUAAUUACUACAAAGUAAUUAACAGUUUGACUAUGGACAAAAAUUAAGUUAGAAAAAAAUCUUCCAGAGGGGCUAGUUACAAUAAUAAGAAUUAAAAUAAGGAUGGUGUUUGCUAGAGCUGACACUAGUUAAAAGGAAAAAUAAUGGACAAGAAAGAUGUUGUACUGUAAUUAAAAGCAAAAAAAAUAUGAAUAGGAUAUAAAAAUUGAAGUAAAUAAAACAUUUGAAGAUUAUAGGUGAGAUGAAUAGAGAUUAAAAUAAAUUGAUUAGAUUAAAAUAAUUAUAGGCUGCCUAACUGAAUAAGAGUGAUGAACAUAUCAAGGCUAUGCCUGAAUACUUGAGAUACUUUUAUAUUCUAAACAAUGGGAAGAGGCUGGUGAUAGCUGGCAACUUCUCACUGGUAACAGGAUACUCAAUCCUCUAUAUCACUACGAAACUUUUCCUACUUAAUGCAUCUCUGGAAAAUCUGCCAAAGAACCAGUGUAAUAGUUGUUAAUAUUUAAGUAUAAAACUUGUCAUUAACAAAAAGCUAAAUAAGUACCAACAGAAAAAAAACCUGGAUAUGUCUGUGCAUACAUAGUUAAGAAUAAAGAAAUUUGGUAUAUCUAAUUUAACUGAGUUUUAUCAUGAAUUAAAAUUGAAAAAUUUUUUUUCCAUUAAUCUGUUUUGAUCAGUCAACUUUCCUCACCAUCCCCUUCUCAGUUGUAAUUAAUGCUUCCCAGGGAUAAAAUGCUAGUGCUCUGAAGGCAUCCUCGCAUCAACAACUUCUAGCAUUGCAGAGCACCAAAAAGCUGUGGGAAAACAUAUCCUUGCAAGAUCCUCCCUAUAUCCUUAAUGUCUGAGGGUGAUAGGUUGGAUGGUAGGAAACUCAAGCAAGUGGAAUUAUAUUUGGUGUUUAGAACUUGAAGCUACAUCACAGAUUUGGAAAUCCAUUAUCCAUUCAAAAUAGGGUUCUCAGUAAUCCCAGUAUCUAUUUAUUUAGGGCUAUAUACUCAAAUGCUUUACAUACAUAAUUUUAAUUAAGCCUCACAGUCUUUUGAGGUAAGUAUCAUACUAAUUUUCUAGACAGGGGACCCAGGUCCAGAAGGGCUGAGUAUUUUUCCUAAAAUCACAUAGAAACUGUAUUAGACCUGGAGUUUGAAUCUAGACCCAACUUUGCCUACAUUACUAUACUUAACCACUAAGCUACUUGCUCCACCUAUCAAGAAGUACAAAGAUGGGCCUUUUCAGGCUCAUGUGAUAAAGGUCCUGUGAGGCUGUGCUCCUUGUUCAUCUCAUCUGCAAUGCCUGGUAAGGGGGCUAGUAAUGGUACCUAAUGAACAUUCUGAGUAAUGUGAAAAUAUGAGAAUGGAAAACAAAAUUUUAUUUGAAUGAGUCAUUCAGAAUGAUGUUUUAGAAAUAAAUAUUAAAUGCUGAUAUGUUUUGAUUUUCUUUCAUUAAAACUUGGAACACUUAGUGGUAUGUCAGCCAUUUGUGGGGGCCUGUGGUAGAAAUCAAUUAAAAAUUACUUUGAAUUCAACUUCUACAUUUCUAUGUCUGUGACUCCCCCCCCCUUUAUUUUCUCUAUUGCUGUCCUUUGUUUUAAUCUCUUCCAUCAAUCUCCAUUUCCUUUUAUUUGUUUUGACACUGAUGAGUUAAGAACUCAUUUGAAAACAAAUGCUCCCAAGAAAAAGCAGAAUGACAGAAUAACCAGUUUCCUCUUUUUGCCUUAACAGAUGAUGUGGAUAAGAAAGUCAUCAUUUCUUUGAUCAAAAAACAGAACACCCCUGAAAAGGGAGAUACUGAGGGAUGAAAUUUACCAAAUUAUAUUGUGUGCAUAUACAAAUAUGUAACAAUGAAUCCCACUAUUAUGUACAAUUGUAAUGCACCAAUAAAAAAUAUGAAAAAAAAACUCUCCCAUUACUGUAUUGUGAUUGCUAAGAUUUAUAAAGCAAUCAAAGUUUGCUUAAAAACAAAAAUUGGAGGGCUGCGGAUAUGGCUUAGAGGUAUAGCCCCUGCCUAGCAUGCUUGAGGCCCUGAGUUCAAUCCCCAGCAUAGCCAAAAAAGAAAAGAAACAAAAGUUGGUUAUUCCAGAGUGUAUAAUUCAACUUAUGAAAGCAUAGAUUUUAGGUGAACUUACAUAGUCUUAUAAAAGAGGAAAAAUAAUUUCAGGAAAUGACAGCUUGCAUAACCACCCUAACCUAGUAGCAAAUUUAAACAUUUAAGUGAAACAACCCCUCCAAUCUGAUUCUAACUUCUGCAUCUACCUGAUUUCUAUACAAUAGUUUCCAUGCUACUACUGGAAUGAUUUAACUACCAUCUAUCUGUCAAACAUUUUUUUCAAGUGAGAAGAUUGAAUUGCAGAUGAUUCUGUGAAUGUCUAUAUAAUCAUUUAAGUGGCCUGCUUUUCACUGCUGUCAAAUUCAAGGACAGAUCAUUUGAUAACAUGGGUGUAGUCUCAAAAAACAGAUGAAAGUUAACUAUAAGUUUAUAUGAAAGGCAAGAGGCAAAAUGGAGUUUAGAAUGUUUGUGUCUGUAACUGACAAUUAGUAAAUAUAAACUAAAUAACAGCUUGUAAAUUCAAGCUAAUUGUGAACCAGUGUAAUAUUGCUUACAUAUUUAUGUACAUACACUUAGUAGAAUUCAGCAUUAAGUUUAAAUCCUACUUAAGCUAUUCCCUUAAUGUAUUUAGGAGAACCAAAUCAUUGAUGCCAUUCAAUAGUGACUAAAUUGUUCUAUCAGAAUCCACACAGAUCACUAGGGGGCAGGAAACUAUUAUAAUAUCUUAAUAUCCUACUCAAUGAACUGACCAAAAAAAGGUGAUGUAAAGAUUACUUGGCUCUGAAUUGAAUAGUCAGUGUACUAAUCAUCAUUGUACUAAGUAAGAAAUCAUACAAUAGCUCAGAGUCAAAGAAUGACAAAUUUUUUAAAAACAUGAUUUCAUGUCAGCCAGGAAAAAUUUGCAUAAUACUCUACUUACCUGAGAAAAGAACAGACAAGCAUUCAGGCUAUAAAUUUCAAAAGUGAAAACCAAUAGUUUAUAGUAGUUGAAUAGGCUCAGCUCAAUUUCUGAUGAAACAAUUCUAAGCACUCUGAUAAUGAAAAUCACCUUUCAAAUGUUUAUGUUCCCUGAUAUGGAAAAAAAAUCAUUUUAAGGGACAAUUUAUUUUUUAAUUAUGGAAUUAUAAUUAUACAAGGCAUUAUAAUUCUAGGCAAAAAUAUAAUUCUACCCAGAAUCACUGGGGCUGGUUAAGACAGUUAUAUGCCUAGGAAUUUGAAGGAAAACUUCUUUCUUGUGUAUGUGUGUACUUCCUUUUCAUUUGCAGAAUAUAUAACAAUAUUUGAGGAAGGCAAUGUUAGCUUCAUGGCUGAAGAGAGUAAAAGGAACAUGCACUUUUAAAUUUGUUUCAAUCAGAAAUUUGUCAUUAAAAAAUACAUUGUAAAACUUUUUAUUUGAAGGAAAAAUGUGUCUUAACUUCUUCCUUCCUACUAUUCUAUUUGUCUGACCUCCUUUUUUAUGUUACGUUUUUGUGCCCAACCAUUUAGUUCAGACCAUACAUGCAAGACAAAAAUAAAAUUCUGCUAAAUAAAUAUAGCAGAAUUGUAUUAGUAAUAAUAAUAUUUGAAAGAUGCAAUGAGUUAUAUUCAAAAGUAAUUGGGUGAUUUUAAAUUCUAGAAACUAUUCUUUUAUUCCUAUUCUUUGUUCUUUUUAACAGUGUGCUGGCCUGGUGCCAAAAGCUAAGAAAUUCUGACCUAAAAAUAUGUUGUAUCUUGUAGACAGUCAACUUGUAAUGUUUUUUUUCUUGAGUUUUGUCUUUUUCUGUGUGGCAGUGGUGAAAUAGGGCCUUCUAAACCUCUGGAGAAGUGACAGAUCUGAAUUUGGAGAGGACAUGGGGAAGAAUCAAUCUUCAACAGAUAAUCUUUAAGUGCAGACCCAGGAAUAUCAGAUCUGAAGUGGCACCAUCUUUUCUGUCUUCCUGACAAACUUCAUCAGCCCCAAAAGUUCCAGUUGCAAAGAUCCAAGAAAAAUAAAGAUCACUUUGGAAUCACUUUGUUAUAACAAAAUUGAUUCAUGGUGACUUUCCUAGUAGUGGUGAAAAAUAUGCUAAAGUUACUGUAAAAUUCUUAUGACAUCAGUGGUUAAAGCUGCACUAAAAUGAAACUUUAUAUGCUAAUUAUCUUCAGUGGUCCCUUCUAAAAUAAAAGGGCUUUGUAGACUACUAUAAAUAUAAAACAAAGAGAUAAUCACAUAUCUCUAAAGAACAUAUAUAAUUCUAAACUUAAAAUAACCAGAAUCAUAGCUUAUAUAUUAAGAAAUGUAGUUAGGCAGUUUUUUAAAAUUCACUGAAAAAUAUGUAGUUUAAGUGUUAAGUAAAAAGACAGGAGUACAGAGAAGGAAAUGUAAGGCCAAUAUUAUAACAAGACAAUCUAGUUAUUACUCACUGUAAGUAACACUUGCCUUCCUUUCUUUGUUUACCAGGCACAUACAAGGUUAUUAAUAUAAGCUCCUCUUUAAGUCUGUUAACUCGAAGAAUGGAGUAGUAUAAUUCCAAUAGUGGUACAUUUUCACAAAUCACAGACACGCUGUUUUCUUCUGAAUUUAGCAAUAUAAUCUAAUAAGGUAGAAUUAAUUUCUGUUAAAUAUUCUCAAUAUUAAUGUACAGUGCCCUGCUCUUCAACUUCAAAAUAAAAUUCAACAAAGUAUUGAGUGAAAUGAUGAUUAACAUUUAACAUUUUUUAAAAAACCUUUCAUGCAGAAAUACUUGAGAUUUUAACCUGGACACAAAUGCAUUACAAUACACACAUACAUACACAUUCUUAACCACAUGACUUAUGACCAUAUUAUUUCCUUAUUGUGAAUAUACUGUACUGUUACCUUUGAAUAAUUAUGUAACCAGUUCUUUAUUGUUUUUAGUGCAAUACCAAGAUGUUAUAUAUUUUUAGAAGUGCUGUCUUAUUUUUAUGCUUAUUUCUUCAAAUAUUGUAGUAAGAAAUUGCACAAAGAGAUCUAACUUUAAAAAUAUACUUAAGAGUAUAUAUGCAGGGAUUAAGUCACUUAAAAACCUUAGCUGCAAGGUAGGAUGAUAACUGAAUAUCUAUUAUAAUAAUUAGACUAGCUGAAAAUCAGAAUUUAUUACAAUGGGAUAGUAGGAAUAGAUGGGAGAAGGGAGAAAAGAACUCCAUUAAUGAGAUCAAACAUGAAAAUGUUUCAAAAGACAUAAAUAAGUCUAGAGAAGUUUUAGAGUCUAAAAAACACUACUAUUCAUCUCUUGGGAACAGAUGAAUAGAAACAGAACUGCAGGCUUCUAAAAAUAAACAGAAAAAAAAGAUAAAAGAAUAUUACCAAUAAUUAAAGGUGCCAGAUCAAUAUGAAAAUGACAAGUAAUUUGAUCAACUAAAUUUUUAUUGAAUUAGAUUUACUAAAGAAAAAUGGCUUAAAUUUUGACUGUAUUAACUACAAGUGUCAUGAAUUAUAAUCAUUAUAAAUGGUAUAAAUGCCUUCUAUGAUAUGAUUAUUUUCUGUAUAUUAUAAAAUGGAACUUUUGGAUUACAUAAAGUACUUUUGUUACAUUUUUAAAUACAUGCUUUUACCUAAUAAAAGUUACUCCUUUAUGUUCAGAAGUUAAA